AUGGCUUCAGCAGCAUGAGUGCGUGGAGAAGCUCAACAUGCACGCCAUCCUGAGCGCCUCCACAGGCCAGGAGCAGCUCAUUCCUGUUCUCAUUGGAGAGCUGAUCUCUGUGGAGAUCUGGAAGCACAAGAUCUUUCCCGUGCUCUGCCAGCUGGGGGACUUCAAGCCAAGAAGCACCUUCCACAUCUACAUGGUGCUGCAUCACGAAGGCUCCAUCGUUAACCUCUUGGAGACUGUGUUUUUUCACAAGGAGAUCUGCGAGUCAGCAGAGGACAGCGUUCUGGAUUUAAUUGAUUAUUGCCACCGCAAACUGACCCUGCUCGCAGCUUGGAGUGCCAACAGACAGACAGUGACCCCAAUGGAGCUUCAGCCUGAGGAUCUGGCCAGCCCCUCGUCCAUGCGGGAGCUGCAGAAGCAAGCAGAGACGAUGGAGUUUGAGAUUUCUCUGAAAGCCCUGUCUGUGCUGCGGUUCAUCACUGAUCAGGUGGAGAGUCUGUCCCUGAGCGCACUGACACGGAUGCUGAACACCCACAACCUGCCCUGCCUCCUUGUCGAGCUGUUAGAGCGUUGCCCCUGGAGCUGCUGGGAAGCAGGCAAGCUCAAGAAGUUUGAGAAUGGCAUGUGGCACGUGGUGCCCCCUGAAGACCAGGUGAAGAUGACCAAACUCGAUGGGCAAGUGUGGCUUGCCCUCCUCAACCUCCUGCUCAGCCCUGAAUGCCAGCGCAAAUACCACUUUGAUGGCUUCAACAAGAGCCAGCUCCUUAAGCUCCGUGCGUUCUUGACGGACGUCCUCAUUGACCAGCUGCCCAACCUGGUGGAGAUGCAGAGAUUUCUGAGCCAUCUUGCAGUGACAGAGCCGGCCCCCCCAAAAAAGGAUCUUGUCCUGGAGCAGGUUCCCAUCAUCUGGGACCACAUCCUCAAGAAGAACAGGGGCAAGUGGGAGGCCAUCGCCAAGCACCAGGUGAAGUGCACCUUCAGCCCCACUGAGGAGGAGCUGAAGCUGCAGGCACAGAGGUGGGCACAGACUUACACCCUGGACAUGAUGGAGGCUCUGGCCCCUGACAAGCCCCGUUGCAGGGUGUGUGGUGCAGAGGCGGCCAAGCAGUGCUCUCGCUGCCGGAAUGAGUGGUACUGCACACGGGCAUGCCAGGUCCAGCACUGGCAGAAGCACAAGGCUGCCUGCAAGCUGAUGGCCGGGGUGCUGAAGAGUGUGGAUGACCU